UUGUUCAAAGUAAUUUGAACUUACUUUCGCAAGAGAAAAUGAAGGUUGAACUGGAAGUAAUCUCCAAUGAGAAUAUCAAACCAUCUUCACCAACCCCCACCCAUCUUCGCUAUUAUCAACUUUCCUUUCUCGAUCAAACAUUCCCUCCUAUGUAUGUUCCAUUUCUCUUUUUCUACACACAGAAUGAUGCUUACUCUAAAAUCAGCACCGAUCCUGCCAAAUCAUUCUCUACUGUGCUCAAGCGAUCAUUGUCCGACGUCUUAACUCGUUACUACCCUUUAGCUGGCCGCGUUAAAGACAAUCUAACUGUAGACUGCAAUGAUGAAGGUGUGUUGUAUCGCGAAGCCCAAGUCAAUUGCAAGCUUUCAGAUAUUGUUACACAUCAAAAUUCUGCAGAGUUGAAGAAAUUUCUUCCAUGCGAUAUUGAUGGCACGCACCAUUUUGCCUGCACUGUUCAAGCCAACUACUUCACUUGUGGCAGUAUUGCCAUUGGUGCAUGUAUUUCCCACAAGAUUGCUGAUGGCACAUCCUUUAUCAUGUUUAUGAAAACUUGGGCAGCCACAGCUCGAGGUGAUAGUGAUAUAUAUCCCCAAUUUCAAGCAUCAACUCUCUUUCCUCCUACAAGUACUUUAUCUGGGUUUCAACCAGAAAAUAAUAUGAUAAAAGAGAAGCUUGUAUUAAAGAGGUUUGUGUUUAGUGCUGCUUCAAUAGUGUCUCUUAGAGAAAAAUACGGGGAAAGCUCAGGCUUAGAAAGUCCAAUACACCCCAGUCGUGUUGAGGCAUUGUCAGUCUUUUUAUGGAGCCGAUAUGUAGCUGCUACACAAGCAAACUUUGGGCCUAAAAAGCCCAACAUGGUGCUUUUUGCAGUGAAUUUACGAUCAAGGAUGGAUCCGCCAUUGCCUAGAAAUUCUUUUGGAAAUAUCUUCCGACUUGCAACAGUCCUUCUGUCUAGUGAAGAGAGGAAUGGCCUCGUGGGCAAAGUGAGAGCCGCGAUAAGAAAAAUUGACAACGAGUAUGUGAAAAAAUUACAGGACCACGCUCAACACUUGAAUUUUCUCAAAGAGGCUAGUAGAAAAGUUAUGAAAGAAGAUAUAGUUCCAUUCAAUUUCAGUAGUUGGUGCAAGUUCCCUAUGUAUGAAGUGGAUUUUGGUUGGGGAAAUCCCAUGUGGAUUGGUCUGGUUAGCUUGCCUUUCAAGAACGUAGUUAUAUUUAUAGACACCAAAAGUGGGGAUGGAAUAGAGGCAUGGGUUAACUUGAAAGAGGAAGACAUGGCUAAAUUUGAAAGUGACACAGAGCUCCUUGCAUAUGCUUCCACCACAACCAUAAAUGCUUAACAAGUUAGUGUAUAAGCAUGCCGGAUGCGUAGACUGAAUGGCUGACACUGCAAAAUUGUUUAGCAGUUUCUUCGUUAGUUUCCAUCUUGAACUAAAAUAAAAGAAGUCAAAAGCUUCCAUGUGUUAAAAGUAUUCCAAUUAUAUCAUCUUGUAAUGUUAUUUGUAAUAUAUUGGUGAAACUACUAGAGUUUUAGUUUCU